AUGUCAAAAUUCGACAAAAAUCGUAGUCGGGCUGUAGGUCGACUUUUAUGGUCCAGAAAAUGCAGAAAGGGUCGUACAUGACUUCUGGUCGAGGUGCCGAUACCACAGGCAGGUGCGGCAGACCCAAUAGUGUACAGGUACAUCCAUCAGUUGCGGCCUAGUUGCGGCCUUGCACAGGCCGCAACACAGACAAAAACUGCGAUUUUAGGAACAUGGGUCGCGGAUCGACCUUUUUUUUUUACUAGAUAGAGUAAUACUCGGGUCGCCUGCCUCCUCUUCUUCUAUACCCCACCUACUGCCAGCUCCCACACUCACAGUGAGCGUCCCGACUCCCCACUCGAGCGUGCUGCGUCGCUGCGUCGUACCUAUUUUCGCACGCCUCGCAACAGUGAGUGGCCUGAGUAGCGGCUUGCAACCAACCAACCUUUCUGCGAUCGACGACCACUGACCACUGCAUCACCUGAUCUGUGAUCUGGAACCGGCGGCAGUGGCCUCGGAACUGCAGUCGCUCGAUCUGAGUCGAUUGCUCGGCGCGCACGCGGUGCUGUCGCUGCUCGCCAACCUCUCGAAUGCGCCAGUGUGGAACCUGCCGCUCAGUCUCUAUGGCUUGGUCGUAGUAUCCCACCACGCCGAUGAUGGCGGUGACUCGGUUCGCCAGGUUAGUCGCAUUCGGCGCAGCAGGUUCCACGCACCGCCACACACUCGACGUGUCCCCCCCAGCGUCGAUCAAUCGAUCACUAAUGACGCGCUUCCUUUCGCUCGUACCCAGUUCGCCGCCCUGUAUGCGUUCUCCUUCUUCCUCGACGCUCUAUGGCUACUGUCCAACUCGACCUACGCCUCGACAUGGUUCUUCAUCGUCGCCAACUUCCUGCUCAAGGUCAGGCAGUGCUACAUUCGAUGACGGCCUGCGAACUCGGACCUAUGCUCUUUCGGAAUUUCACUUCAAGGCUCGCUUGCUGACACGACCUCCCCUGUGCAUCUUCCUCCCGUCGCAGCCGGUGACUUUACUGUCGACACUGGGUCAACUGCGACUCCGUGGACAUGCGACCUUCAGCUUGCCCGGCGGGUUCAGCCUUCCGGGAGGCAACGAUCAGUUCGGCGGCAACGGUGGCUUCCCUCCCGCUCGAACAGGCGCGAAUGAGACCAUGUGGCAAGCACCGUCGGGUGCUGGAGGCUACCAUGAGCGAACCUUUUCCCAAGAAGAACGUGGCGUACCUUCACCUUCGACUGCGGCGGCUGCUCCGACGACGGCUCCUCCGAGCGCCUCGAGACCGGUCGGCCCAGUCGCGGUGGGUGGAAAUGCAGCGGGCCCGGGAUAUCAAGGGCGGAGCGAAGGAGGGGGAUACCAUACGCUCGAGUGA